UAAUUUAACGAACAUUUAGUCUAAUCAUGCAGACUAAAUAAUAUCGCAUUUCCAUUCACGAGUAUUUACGGUAAAUCUAGCCCAAAAGUUUUUAAUGACAUAACGUUUUAUAGAAUAUAACUUUAGGGACGUCCGUGAAUUAGUUUAUUCACUGAGAGGGUGGGGUCAUGAAAGCUUUUCCUAACAAUUUUCUUUUUUCACUUUUUUACCAAUUUUUUAGGGGAAGGGGUCGAUUUUUGCGACGGAUUGUUUAAGGGGAAAGGGUUACCUUUGUGACAAAAUGUGCAAAAGGGAGGGGGGACGUAAUUUAUGGACUUGACCUCAUUUGAAUUUUGAUUACUAAUGAAGGAUUGAGUGGCAAAACAAUUUUUACUUUUUCUCGUUAUUCCUGAAUAAUUUUAUUAGUUUAAUUGUGAUUUGACGAACGUUAUUUUAACUUCAUGCAGUGCGUUGUUUGGUGGCAGCCAAGUGUUUAUUUGUAGUCGUCUCUGACUCUUUGUAAAUGAAUAGACAAGUAUUGGACUUAUUUGCACCUGCAUUGGAUAUUUGAUUGUGUAAUUCGAAAUGCAAUUGUUCCCACGUGAGAAGAUUUUAACGGACGUGUCAGAAUUCCACAUCACGGCUCUUGGCGAGCACGAACUGCAGUCACAGAUUCACAAUUACAUGAUUGUUUUCAAAGUCCGUGAUGGAUAUUGAUGGGAAUCGUAUAACUUAAUACCGCCACCCACUAACAGAAUGAAGAGGCUUUUGUACGUUUUGAACAAUGCUGGGUUUCUUGACUCAGUUUGAAAUAGUCUAUCACCGUAUCGAUAUAUGGAUGGUUAACUAGAUUAACACAAAAGCGGAACACGGAGAACUUCAGUAGUGUCGUCUUCACACUUAGAGACGUGAAAUGGAAAUUGCUGCAUCUGACGCAACACUAGUUAGCAGAUUACCUUUAGAAGACGAUGUUAAAAUUAAGCGUUCCAGGAAGACUUUCCUAAUUGGUGUAGGGGCGGUUAUUGGUGCUGUUGUGUUCGUCAUAGCCACAAGUCUCCUUGCUGAUCAAGUGAUUCGAUCCCGGAAAGAGUUGGUGCACGUCCGUCAAGAGUUGCACGACACGAGAGAAGACCACCAAUCCUACCUGAAGAAAGAAGAACCGGCUGUUUGCUGGACGAAAGAAUGCAUUUUAUCAGCCGCUGCGCUGAUGGAAUCGAUGGAUGAAACAGCCGAUCCUUGCCAAGACUUCUAUCAGUUUGCCUGUGGCGGAUGGAAGAAGAAGAACGUCAUUCCACGUGGAUCCGAUAAAAUUUCUCAAUUUGACAUCUUAGACGACAGAAUUCAGCAUUUUAUUCAAGAAUUCUUUAAGGAAAAUAGCACCAGCGUCGACUCAAAACCGGUUAAUAACACCCGAGAUAUGUACAGAGCUUGCUUGGACACUGAUGCGAUAGACCAACUGAGAAUCACGCCGCUCGUUAAAAUUUUGGAUUCUUACGGCCAAUGGCCUUUAACGAUGUCCAACUGGACGGAGGAUCGUUUCGACUGGAGAAAAGCGACCGCUUCCAUCCGGAAUACAUUCGGGCUCAGUUUUCUAUUCGAAGUUUCCAAUUUUGUGGAUGUCAACAACACAGAAUUCAGCACAAUUUAUUUAGACCAUCCGUCGUUAGGAUUGCCCAGUUUCGUACUGAAAGGUAACAACUUGACCAGUUUUCCAAUUCAAGCUUACUUGACGUUCAUUUCCGGAGUGGCUCACACAAUCCGUGAUGCCAUCGGAGGUGGAGCUAACGAUACAGAUAUGACCAAGGACUUUGAAGAUUUGAUAAGUUUCCACAUUGAGUUGGCCAAUAUUCUAACUCCGGAAGAGGUUCAAUCGCAGUGGAAUUUAACCCGAAUUUACAAUCCUUUUUCUCUUCCUGAAUUACAAAUUUGGACUGACGAAGCAAAUGCAACCGAAGCAAUGGGCCAGAUUAACUGGCACGAGCACCUGACUGACAUUUACUCAGCGGCCAACGUCUCCAUCAAUUCAGAUGAAAAGAUCGUCGUUAUUGAACCCGAAUAUCUUCAGAGAUUAGUGCAACUGCUCGACCAAACUCCGCCCAGAGUAAUUGCAAAUUUCAUUUAUUGGCGUCUUAUCCUCGAGAACAUUUACGAUGUGGAUUUCGAAAUGGAAAAGUUAGCUCUUGAAUUCGAACAUGAAAUUUAUGGGCCGUUUCUUCCUCUACCAAGAGAAGAUUGGUGCAUGAAACGAGUUCAUAAGUUGAUGGGAUUCGCCAUCGGCGCUAAAUAUGUCGAAUCGGCAUUCGAUCCUCAAACAAAAAUCGACAUGAAGGAAAUGAUCCUGAAUUUGAAAAUGGCCUUUAGUUCAUUGGUGGAGGAAUCCGAUUGGAUGGACGAAGAGACAAAGAUCAACGCGUUGGAGAAAGCAGCUGCCAUGAAAGAGUACAUUGGUUAUCCUGAUUGGAUAACUAACAAAACUACACUGGAGUUAGCCUACCACGGAAUUAAAACCGAACCGGACAAGCAUUUUGAUAAUUUUUUCUCUGCGAAUCGGUUUAUAAUUAUAAAUAAUCUGAGAUUUCUUCGCUUCAGAACCAACCGGGAAAAUCUGUGGAUCUCUUUUCCGGAUGUAGUGAAUGCAUUUUACUAUCCCAUGUUGAAUUCUAUAACUUUCCCUGCGGGAAUUUUGCAGCCACCCUUUUACGGGAAAGGAUAUCUAAAGGCUUUGAAUUAUGGCGCCAUUGGUUCCGUCAUCGGGCACGAAAUAACGCAUGGAUUUGAUGACGAAGGCCACAAGAGCGACAAAAAGGGCCAUGAAAUAUCUUGGUGGAGUAACACAACAUUGAACGAGUUUUACAAGCGGAAGCAAUGCAUUAUCGAUCAGUACAGUAAUUACACUCUGCCGGAACUUGAAGGAACCGAUGCCUUUCACAUUAAUGGAAUCAACACGCAAGGAGAAAAUAUUGCGGACAAUGGUGGUCUUAGGGAAGCGUUCCGAGCCUACCAAAAUUACGUGUCAACCAAUGGCCAGGAGAAGCGACUGCCCGGAAUGGAACACUACACUCCGGAGCAGUUAUUUUUCCUUUCAUUUGCUAACAUAGAAUGCUCUAGCGAAAUCCCCGAAAGUCUUGAAGACCAAGUCCUCUUUGGCGUUCACACUCCGCCAAGAUAUCGCAUUAUAGGACCACUUUCCAACUUGGUUGAAUUUUCUGAACAUUUCCAGUGCCCUGUCGGUUCUACUAUGAAUCGCCCAAACAAAUGCAUUGUCUGGUAGGUAAUCUAGUACGUCAGUGACAAUAGCCUAACAAUCAGUCCAAUCCAAAAGUCAACUUGAUAAUUUGACAGCCUUUUUUUAAAUAUUUACAAUGACAUUAAUUCCGUUAUUAAGACUAUUUUGAAUUAUAGAAUUGAAGAAUUACAUAUACUAAAUAGGUUUUGUCUAUUUUUGUCAUGCGAAUAAGUUAAAAUUUUCAUAAAUUAUGCUUCAAUGAU